GGGGCCGGCAGAUGAAGAUGGCAAUGUCUGUGAUCCAAGCGUGCCGCAGCCUGGCGCUCUCAACAUGGCUGCUGUCCUUUUGUUUCGUGCAUCUGCUGUGCCUGGACUUCACCGUGGCCGAGAAGGAGGAGUGGUACACGGCCUUCGUCAACAUCACCUACGCCGACCCGGCGGCCGGCAGCGCCGAGCUCCGCAGCGAGAAGAGCGAGUGCGGGCGCUACGGCGAGCAGUCGCCCAAGCAGGACGCCCGCGGGCUGGUGGCCCUCUCCGCCACGCCCGCCGACCGCGACGCCUGCGACCCCGGCACCCGCUUCAACAUCCCGGCGCCGGGCAAGAGCUGGGUGGCUCUGAUCCCGCGGGGAAACUGCACCUACAAGGACAAGAUCCGCCACGCCGCCGCCCAGAACGCCUCCGCCGUCGUCAUCUAUAACAUGGGCUCCAGCAACGCCAACGAGACCAUCACCAUGCCCCACGCAGGCUUAGAAGAUGUUGUAGCAAUAAUGAUUCCUGAACCCAAAGGAAAAGAGAUAGUGAGCCUCCUGGAGAGGAACAUCACUGUGAUGAUGUACAUAACCAUCGGGACGCGCAACCUGCAGAAGUACGUCAGCCGCACCUCGGUGGUGUUCGUCUCCAUCUCCUUCAUCGUGCUGAUGAUCAUCUCCCUGGCAUGGCUGGUCUUCUACUACAUCCAGAGAUUCCGCUACGCCAACGCCAGGGACAGAAAUCAGCGCCGGCUGGGAGAUGCUGCGAAGAAAGCGAUCAGCAAGCUGCAAGUCAGGACGAUCAGGAAAGGUGACAAGGAGACUGAGCCAGACUUUGAUAACUGUGCUGUUUGUAUCGAAGGCUACAAGCCCAAUGAUGUUGUCAGGAUAUUGCCUUGCAGGCAUCUUUUCCACAAGUCCUGUGUAGACCCCUGGCUGCUAGACCAUCGUACCUGCCCGAUGUGUAAAAUGAAUAUUCUAAAAGCUCUGGGGAUUCCGCCAAAUGCAGACUGCAUGGAUGACAUACCUCCAGACCUGGAAGCAUCCAUAGGAGGCCCACCCACCAACCAGAUCACGGGGGCCAGUGACAUAACCGUGAACGAGAGCUCGGUGGCCCUGGACCCCCCUGCCCGCGCCGUGGGAGUGCUGCAGGUCAUCCAGGAUGUAGACUCCUUUCCCCAGGCUGGAGAGGGCAACUUCACAACAAGCAAAACAAAACCAAAUGGGAGACACAAGGAUCCAGCUUGGAUCAGCACCUGAAAACAGGAAGAAUGGCAGAGCAGUGGUUC